AGCAAGACAACAACCACUAGAGAGAGAGAGAGAGAGAGAGAGAGAGAGAGAGAGAGAGAGAGAGAGAGAGUGAGAGAGAGAGAGAGAGAGAGAGAGGAUGAGGGACGCGCUACAGCUGUCUCUGUGACAGACUCUGCUGCUGCCGUUGCGAUCGUGCUGAAAAACUGCCUCUGCGUCUGUGCUGCUAGCCGGAUACCAACUUGUUCAUGUCGUUUUGCUUGGUUCACUUUUUCGACAUGGAAUCGCCCACCAAAGAGAUUGAGGAUUUCGAGAACAACUCUUUGAAGUAUCUGCAACCAGAGCAGAUUGAGAAGAUCUGGCUGAGACUGCGAGGACUGCGAAAAUAUAAGAAGACAUCACAGAGGCUGAGAUGUUUAGUGAAACAGUUGGAAAGAGGUGAGGCUUCAGUUGUUGACCUGAAGAAAAAUCUAGAAUAUGCUGCAUCCGUUUUGGAGUCUGUCUACAUUGAAGAGACCAGGCGGUUGGUGGACACAGAGGAUGAGCUCAGUGACAUCCAGUCCGACUCUGUUCCCUCAGAGGUGCGCGACUGGCUGGCAUCAACUUUCACACGUCAGAUGGGGCUGAUGUUGAGACGGUCGGAAGAGAAGCCGCGAUUUCGCAGCAUUGUGCACGCGGUGCAAGCUGGGAUAUUUGUGGAAAGGAUGUACCGACGGACCUCCAACAUGGUUGGACUCAGCUAUCCGCCUAGCGUGAUUACUGCCUUGAAGCAUGUGGACACUUGGUCAUUUGAUGUCUUCACACUAAACGAUGCCAGCGGAGAUCAUUCACUAAAAUUUAUUUUUUACGAACUUCUCACCAGAUAUGACUUAAUCAAUCGAUUUAAGAUCCCUGUCUCUGCCCUGGUGUCUUUUGUGGAGGCCUUGGAGGUGGGCUAUGGCAAACACAGAAAUCCUUACCACAAUCUAAUCCAUGCUGCAGACGUCACCCAGACAGUGCAUUAUCUUCUGCUCAAGACUGGCAUGGUGCACUGGUUGACCGAGUUAGAAAUCUUCGCUAUGCUAUUUGCCGCAGCUGUGCACGAUUACGAACAUACCGGCACCACCAACAACUUCCACAUACAGACCAGAUCAGAUACAGCUAUACUCUACAACGACCGUGCUGUACAGGAAAACCACCAUGUGAGCGCUGCAUAUCGCCUCCUACAGGACGACGAUGAGAUGAACAUCCUCUUCAAUUUGUCUAAAGAUGACUGGAGAGAUUUUCGGACGCUGGUGGUUGAGAUGGUCCUGGCCACGGACAUGUCCUGUCACUUUCAGCAGAUUAAAGCCAUGAAAAUCUUCCUCCAGCAGCCUGAAGCGAUUGAUAAACCUAAGGCCUUAUCCCUGUUACUGCACACGGCUGAUAUAAGCCACCCCGCCAAAAACUGGAACAUGCACCAUCGUUGGACCACCUCACUGCUGGAGGAGUUCUUCAGACAGGGAGAUAAAGAGGCGGAGCUUGGAUUGCCUUUCUCUCCUCUCUGUGACCGCAAGUCUACCAUGGUGGCCCAGUCUCAGAUCGGUUUCAUUGAUUUCAUUGUGGAGCCCACCUUUACCGUUCUCACGGACAUGAUCGAGAAAAUCGUUAGUCCGCUAGCCGAAGAGUCCUCACACUCCGGGCUGGCUGGAUUCAGACGAUCCAGUCUGAAUAACAUCCCGACAGAUGGUAAACGGUCUAAUGCAAGAAGCACGGGAUUGGAGAGCGGCACUUCUUUGAACUGCUCCAUACACACUGUGGACUUCAAGUCAUUCAAGGGCACCUGGAACGAGGAAGUGCACAAAAACCGAGAGAAAUGGAAAGCGCAAGCAGCCAAAGAUUUAGAAGAGAAGGCCAAACAGGAUGAUAACGAAAAGAAAAAUGACAAUGCCACAGACUCACAGAUCAACGACAGCAAAACGAACAAAGACAAUGAUACUAAAACACAAGACAUAGACAAACCAAUCACAAACUUGCCUGAGAAAUCUCAUGACAAAGGGAAAAUAGAUGCAAGACAAGAGAAGGAUGGCAAGGAGAAAGAUUCAAAAACUCAAGAGGAUUCAAGCAAAGCUACCGUUGAUAACAAUGAACCCACAGAGCAGCAGCCCAGAGAGGAAGAGGGCGAUAAAGACCCAGGGGGUGUAAAAGGGACACAAACGCUAGCGUCUGAUGCCAAAGAGCCUGAGACCGGCAGUGACACAGACAACAGUCAGCGAGCUCAAAGCGGGAACGAGGAACUGAAUUCACCUUCACACAGUGACGACAGUGAAAGCAAAAGUUCAGACGACACAGAAGAGGAGUACAGUAACUGUGGGAACAGCCCCUCGUCACUGGCAAACAGUGCAGCUGCUGCCUCUGCGCCUGAUGCAAACUAACAGACUCCAAACCCUGUUCUGUGCUGUCACCUGGUGGUUACUUUCUUUUAUUACUCAUCUCUUUGCUUUUUGAAGGACAUUUUCUUUCUUAAAUAAGGUUUUCUGUCUCUCAUAGUUUUUCCUGCUUUAUUUAAUUCAAACCUGACUUUAAAGAUGUAUGACCUUACAUGCAAACAAGGUUUUGGGUCGGAGAUUCACAAAACAAUCCGAGACUUUUGCUUGAUGAUGCUACAUGGGCCAAAGUCAUGAUGUUCCAUGGUGGCUUUCGGAAACUAUUGCCACCGAAGCCACACGGAAAUUAAAUGUAUGUACCAUGUGUUGAUGAAGGCCACUGAUCUAAUUCAACAGGGAUGGCACAACAAGCAUCAAACCUCCAGACAGCAGAUGGAGAACCUCAAAGAACUUCAGUCCCAUGCAACCGGACCACAACCUUUAACUGGCCCUCAUUACAGCAUCCAAAGAAUGUCUGCAGAAUUGCUGUUUGUUUACCUUUUAUUUUUAGCAUUUUUUUUUUUCAUCAUUGUGCGCAUUUACUUGCACACCGAUACGCUGAUAAUGUCCAUAAUGCCCUCUGCUUUUGACAUCAAAAUGAGAACAGACAUCCACACAACACUUCUGCACUUUGCAUAAGCCAGUAAAAGAGAUGGUAAAGGUGUUUACAAGCAAUGCAAAAUUGGAGUAACGGGCAAAAAUCUAUUGGUUUUUGCUUAAAUGUUUAUGAAUUUACCACGAUAAAGGAAAGUAGUUUAAGGCAUUUAAAUGACCUUGCACGUUGUUGACUUGCUAAGCAUAAUCGGUGUAAUAUUGUGCAUGUAAACGCGCUCAUUGUUUGUUAUUUACUGUUUAGUAGUAGUUCUAUUGAUGUUGCCGUCAUCCUGUUUUUUGUUAUGUGUGUGAUACUGUACUGUUUCCAGUGCUUGUGUGCGUUCUCUGUACAUAUGCUGGUGUGGAUCAAACCAUGUAUGUGAUAGAGGCUUUCACUCUUAAUAUAACGGCCUGUAAUCUUUUGUCAAUAUCCUUUGCCGAUUAAGAAAUAGCAGACAAGAAAGAGUGCUGUAAUACUGAAAAUCUCAGCCGGCAGGCUUGUGACUUUGGCACAGUGACAUUCAGUACCUCAGCAUGAUUGCAAGUGAUUUUUCUUUUAUGUACAAAAGUUCUAUAAACAAGAAGUUAAUAUAGAGUAGCUUAAAUUUUAGGCCGCGUAAACACUCGUUUUUUAGAGCACGUAUUCAGUGUUCUGAUGACUUUGUUUUCAAAAUUAUGUGGUAAUGGAGAACAUUUUUGAAACAAUCAAUCUUAAUGGAAAGGGGGAGACGAGAACCGGCUUGAUGAUAUAAAUAAUAGUUUAAUGAAGAACUAAACAAAAAGAUAAACACACAAAGGUGUCGGACAGCUGUCCGUAAAUCUCUCUCUCACAUUGCAGCUUCCAAUCGGCCCUUAUCCCUCUCUGAGGCUUGAUUAGCCUGAUUAGGGGCCGGGUGAGCGGAAUCACUACCCGGCCCCGCCGUCCGCCAUGUCAUAAUUAACACUUUACAAUAAGGCUCCAUUUGUUAACAUUAGUUAACAUGAACUAACAAUUAAAAAUACUUUUACAACAAUUAUUAAUCUUGGUUAAUGUUAAUUUUAACAUAUAGGCAACUCAUACAUUUUUCAAAUCAAAUGUUUUACAUGAACCUUAUUGUAAAGUGUUAACCAAUCAAUGGAGCUUUUCAAAAAUGCUCUCCAUUACUGCAUACUUUGGAAAACGAUUAUGGUCGGAAACUGAAAAUGGAGUUUUAAAUAAAACGGAUAAGAGUGUGUUGCUUUAGACUCAUUAUAGAAAUCAAGCUUAGAAUGGCGCUUGUCAAAUCAGAUUAGAGGACCGGGACUAACUGUUAUAACAUCACUUUGAUCACAAAAGAUAUUAUUCUUUUAAAAAAUAACUCAUUGUGACUGAUAGGAUUCACACAAAUUGUAAUCAGAAUAUGGAGUUAUUUUUACAGAAACUAUUAAUAGGAUUUUCCCAUAUGUGAUUUGUACAACAUACCCGUAGAUCUUUAUCAGUUCCAUAUUGUGAAAUUACAAAGAAGAGGAAAAGAAAAUGUGGGAAAAAAUGCAUAUAUUUAUUGUAAUCAAGGUGCAUUUGCCAUUAUACAGUUCAACUGUAACAGUUGUGUCCACAAAUAUUAGCACCCUUGGUAAAUAUGAGCAAAGAAUUGGUAAAAAUUGUCUUUGUUGCUUAUCCUUUUGAUAUUUCAUUCAAAAUAUUCAACCAAAAUCUGUCCUCUAAUGGAUAUCAAACAAUUGGAAA